CCGUGCCGGAUACGUGUCGGGAUCGGCCAGCGACCACCUCGCGGAGCUGCUUCUUCGGAAGAUGCGCAAUGACGCGCGGGGCGCACCAGCCACGCAAGGGACCGCUCCGUCGGUCCGCCCGCCCCCUCGCGGUUUGCAUCGCUUUCCAGAAACGGAUGAAUCACCCCCGCCGAGGCCUCCCUCGUCUGGGAAACACGCCCGCAGCAGGCUUUGGGCCAGGAGGCGGCGGCGGAGAAGCCGGGAUCGUUUAUAAAGGGGCCACUGUGGCCAACGUUUCCAUCGGUCGUAGACCAGCCAAACGCACGCAGCGACUUGCAGCGAUGGAUCUGACUUCUGGAAACUCGCGGGCCUUUCUGUUGGUCGUCUCGUUCGUGGCACUUCUGGAGCAGGUCUGGCCCCAGUCGAUGACGGGAGACAACAGAGAGAUCUGUCUACAGCCACCACUUAAAGGACCCUGCCGGGGUUUGUAUGUCAGGUGGUACUACGACAGAGCCACCCAAACCUGCCAGGAGUUUAGUUUCGGGGGCUGCGUGGGAAACGACAACAACUUCUUGAGUUUUGAAGAGUGUUCAAAAACUUGCGGGAGAAUCAAGAAGGUGCCCAAAAUAUGCCGACUGAAAUCUGAUGAAGGAAUCUGUAGAGGUUUAAUCCGAAAAUAUUAUUUCAACCUUGAGACGAUGAGCUGUGAAAAUUUUUAUUAUGGAGGCUGUUUAGGAAACCAGAACCGAUUUGACGAUAAAGACUCCUGCAUGAACUUCUGCCUGCCGAAAAGAAAUAUCCCCUCCUUUUGCUCUAACCCCAAAGAUGUGGGAAUUUGUUCGAGUUCAGUUCCUCGCUUUUAUUACAACAUAGACACAGGAGAUUGUGAAGAAUUCACCUAUACAGGAUGUGGAGGAAAUAUUAACAACUUCCUCACUCGGAAAUCAUGUCUCAAGGCCUGCAAGAAAGGAGGGAGAAAGAAACCACCUGCUACGGGAUCAAAAUAUGUUGUCUCAUAAGGAUGAGGAGCCUACAGCCAACAUUCAAAUCAAACAAACGCCACAUACCUUCUUAAAUCUGGAGAGGUCUCCAGACUAGAUGCACUGAUUUCACUCACUAGAAACUUUUAACUUAUGGGUGGGUUUUGGUUUUGUUCAGUUUUUUGUGGAUAUGUAACAGUUUUACUAUAUGAACAGUUUUGAAAUGUAGAACAGCAAGGUUACUUUGAUCUAGUUACAGCUCACUUAUGGAUUGGGGCCCAUGCACAUGCCAGUGUGCCCUGUUGGAAGGAUAAAAUCCUGGGCUGUUGACCCUCAUUCAGAUACUUGGACGCACAAGAGGCAGCUCAACACUCCCUUCUGAACAUCGAUCCUUCUCUACUGGCUGCUGAAUAUGAUAGACCCUUUCUGAUGGUUUCAUUAUAUGGAACACUAAAUUAAGACCUCCUCCUGAUCUUUCUUAUCCUCACCUUCAUAAGGAGGGGUGGCAGAUGCGUGGUAGAGGGAUUACCUUGCAUGCAGAACGUCUGAAGUUUAGUUCUUGGAAUCUCUAGUUAAAGCGAUCUACCGUGUUGAUGUUACAUGACCUCCCAUCACCUGCAUGACAGUGGCUGAUCAGUCGGGGUGUGGUUGGCGCAGUUGAAACACAUGGGCAGAACCAAUCCAAAGCUUCUGCCAAUGCAUUUGCAGCACACCACUCUCAAUGCUGCCUUGCUCAUGUUAAGCCAGUGAUGCCAGUGGCAGGAGAUCAGGCAAGUCUCACUGACCACUUUCUGGAAUUAGAUAGUGGGCAAUGGGGAGGGCUUUGGCCUGAAACCUUGGAAAGCUUCAUCCACACAUUGGAGACAAUACUGAGCUGGCUGAACAAAUAUUCUGGCUUGGAAUAAGGGAGAUUCCUGUGUUUAUAUGUGAAUAAGUCUGGCAGAGAGGAUAUAGCCGAUUACAGGUUUUGUGGCAGAACUAGGAGACGUUGCAGGAUAACUGCAGAUCUUUAGCUCUUAUUUAUAUGGAGUUUCCCCCAAGUUUUGUAAAAUGUUAAUAUAAAUAUUUAAACUUUCUCCUUUGUAUAGUUUAUGAAAAUGGUUCUGCUGUAUUGGAAGAGCUGAACUGUUGUUGAAUAGUUGAAGCCAGAAACAUGGCCCAUAGCUGAUUUUUUU